AAGACGUGUGAACGGUGAUUGGUCACCACGAGAUUCAUCACACUCCUGUCGUGUCUUGACUGCUGAGGUGAGGCCGUUUAGAGAACGAGCAACGAGAUGCACAAACAUCAGAUGAGGCUGUGAUGUAGGAAAACUUUCCGAGGAUAUUUCAAAAGGAUAAAUAAAAAGAUUUCUAAUAGGGUCACAUCAGGCUGUCCAACAUGAUGAAGGAUUGCCUUCAGUUCCUCAUUGAGCCUGCCAAGAAGCUCAAGUUUCGUCUGAAGGAGACGCGGAAGAGAGUGAAACAUGCGAAGAAAGAGCCGUUAACCGAGAGUCAGCUGUUUAUAAUGGAGCUUGCGCGAGAACUCAACAGGAUCUGUCAGAGGUCAGAUAUUCUGGCUCACAUCUGGACCGGAGAGGAUGUGUGGCCUCCUCAUGCCUGUCGAGAGUUCAUUGUGGAGACCGCCAACAUCCUGGAGAUGAAGGAAAAUACUGAGACGCCCAUGCAAGUUUAUGCUGAUCUGCAUCCAGAAAAGAGGGACUGGAAGAGUCAGUUGCUCAGCAUGCUGGAGCAGGGAGGAGAAUAUGACUUGGGCCCGUACAAAAGGAUCAUUUUGGACUGGACCAGAGGACAGCGCAACAGACACCCGCAUGGUAUCUGGCCGGGUGAGGCGGUGUUGAUGAUGCUGGAUGACGUGGAGCUGCGGUGGAAGCGGGGUCACCUGUCGCAUCUGCAGUCUGCUGUGGAGCUGCUCAUAGGGGUCGUGCUUGGAGAACAUCUGGACAAGGAGCUCAUUCCAAGACUGUGGCUGGUACAAAAACAAAAGUCCCAGACGAUCGAUUGCACUGGCUACAUUCCACACAUAGUGUGGAACUGGAUAUGUGAUGCUACAGUGGAGGUGACUCUUGACCCAGAGACGGCCAACCCUGCUCUGGUUCUGUCUAAGGACUGCAAGCGCAUGCAGUGUGGUCUGGAGCGGCGUGAGGUUUCUCACAGCCUGCGGCGCUUCGACAGCUGGUGGUGCUGUCUCGGCUCUGAAGGCUUCUCGUCGGGACGCCGGUACUGGGAGGUAGAAGUGGGCGACCGUGAUUGGCGUCUCGGGGUGGCCAAAGAAUCAGCUCUCUGUAAAGGUUACAGACCACUGAAUACCCAGAGCGGAUACUUGACCCUCAGGCUGGAGAGGGGCUCCGAGCUCAAGGCCCUGACCACACCGCCCACACCCCUGCCCCAGUCACUCAUCCCGCGGAGGGUGGGGGUCUAUCUGGACUAUGAGGCGGGGCAGCUGUCCUUCUAUGACACCCAGAAGCGUGCACACAUCUACACAUACAGCGAGAUGUUCACAGAGAAGCUUUACCCAGUGUUUGGGACCGUGGAGAUGGUCCGUGAGAUGGUGAUCAGGCCUGCAGACCUAAGGGAGCGAUGUCUAUGUAAGGGACAAUGUCUUUUCUGCUAAUAAUGAACGCACAAUCCUUAUGCACACGGAUUGAAAAUUGAAAUUACACACGCAUAAAAUAACAAUAAUUGAUCAAUGCUUACAAAAAAUAGAAUCAGAGAGAAAUUUGUUUUUUUUUUUUUUUUGGAAGUAGCAAAAGCUGUGAAAUCUGCACCACUAGCAUCACAAAGACAGUGUUAAAAUAUUUUUAAAAAGUCUGUCUGAACAAACAGGUAGUCCUGCUAAAGAGCUGCAGUGAUGAUUUUUUUUCUGUAGGCCAAUCUGGAAGUUUAGAACCCAAUGAGAUUUUCCACUGGCUUUUGUACUGAUGGUUCCUCAAAGCCUUUGGAUUAUUAGAGAAAAUAAGGUCUGUGACUAAAAAAAGUUCAUAUUCACAAAUGUAAACACAUUUUGAAGCCUAUGUACAAUCACCAGAAGUAAAAAGCUAAAUGAAUAGUUUAGAAUAGAAUAGUUUGUAAGACCAUGAUUAUAAAACCCAGUGUGAAGAUGAGUUUACCUGUUUGGUGUGCCAUUUAACCUCAAUAGUCCCAUUUAGCCACUUGUUAUCAAUCAAACAAGUCAAAUAUAAAAAAUAAAACAAAAUCAUGUAAAUAUUUAUUACUGAUGUAUUUUAUGUUGUGGAAUUAAACCUGAAAAUAUCUUGAGCUUGUGCUAACUGCAGACCUUAUUUCAGGCAUUUAACCAAAAACCUUUUCAGAAAACCCACUGAUCUCUGGACUGAAAGUAUUAUAAUGCUAAAAAUAAUUUCCCAGGGUUUUGGUCUACAAAAAUACAUCAUCCCUGAUACAAAACAUCAAUGAUACAAAAAUAUUGCAGAUUUGAAGCUGAACCUGUCUACUGUUGCUGUGUGAGACUGGUCCGCAUGCAAUGUUUUUACUUUUUCAGGAACUCAACCUACAAAUGAAAUAUUUGUCUAUGCAUAUUAAUCUGGGAUAUAAUUGAUUUUAAAAUUUCAUUCUUGUGCAGCUACUAAAACAUUCUUUAAAAAAUAUAUACUAAGGGCUUUUUUGCUAAAACAUACUGAUGCAUGAGUGCUGGGAAUGUGUUCAUGAUAUCACUAAAUCGUUUAUUUUUGUGAAAGUGCUUGUCACAUUUACUCUUGUAAUCAGUUUAGCUCGAACUGCUUGUAUGCAAAAAAAGUCUGAAUGGAAACUGUACAAUGUUAUUUUUUAUUUUAAGAAAUUAAACUUAUAAAAUCUA